AGCGCUGCAGUUCAGCAUGGACCUCAUGACGAUGUGCACUGUUGUUGCGUCUCUGAGGGUGCAUCCCGUCAGGUCCCAGUUCUUCCAGUACGAGUCGUUCUCUCUGGUCUGUGAGCAGCAGGGAAGCCCAGCCGAGGACUGGAGGGUUAAAAGGAGCACGGCCUUCCACCAAGAGGAAGAUUGUCCUCCGCCCCCGAGCAGAGGACAUGGACCUAACUGCUCGAUCGAUGAUCUUUAUUUUUCAGACUCUGGAGUUUACUGGUGCGAGUCUGCAGCAGGACGAUGCAGCAACACCAUCAACAUCACGGUGACCCGGGGUUCGGUGAUUCUGGAGGGUCCUGUCCACCCUGUGGAUGAGGGGGAAGCUGUGACUCUGCGCUGCAGGACGAGAGCUCCAUCCUCCAACCUCACCUACUUCUAUAAAGACGAUCUUCUCGUCGGGAACAGCACCAGCGGAAACCUGACCAUCCGUAGGGUUUCUCCAUCUGACGAGGGGCUGUAUAAGUGCAGCGUCGCCGGACUCGGACCUUCACCGAGCAGCUGGCUGGCCGUCAGAGUAGGUCGCCCAGAGACGCAUCCGUCUGUCCUCCCGCACGCCCUGCUUCCUGUGGUGGGCGUCUGCCUCGUGCUGCCGCUGCUGCUCUGGCUGUGGAGGAGACGCAAAGGUGAAGUGAAAUCUGCAGUUUCCUACACGGAUGUGAGCAUCAUACCGCCGGUGAACCCUCAGAGGAUCCGAGGGGAGAAACCCCCAAACGAUGAAAUGGACCGGCCCUGCAUCUUCUACUCAACACUCAGACUGGAUAUCAGCUGACGACAGCGGGACCAGUGUGCCUUGGGGGCGGUGCCUGAAGCGGCGCGCGUCCAAUCACUGGCCAGGCGCUGGUGACGUCACGCAGCCCGCGGAACGAAAAGCGUUUUGCCCAUGGAUCUAAUAACUGGAUAGUAGACAGGAAAAUGUCUACUAAUGUCUACAAAAUUAAUUUCCAUGUAAAUUGCUCACCUAGCGCAUAAGCCGAAAAAAGUUCCUGACUUCCGGGUUUACUUCCACGUUAACGGGCCCAUAGAGCAUGUGCAGUUGAGUCACCUCCCAUGAUGCUCUGGGGUCUCCCAUCAUGGCCCGGGGCAAUGACACGAGUAUUAAUAUAAUAUGUAUUAAUAUAAUAUAUGAAUUAAUGUAUAUUAUUACAUGUAUAGUAUUACAUAUAUUAUUAAUGCAUUAAUAUAAUAUAAUGACAUAAUAUAUAUUAAUAUAAAACAUCCGUGGAGUGCACGGACACGGCCGUGACGUCACGCCCAGAAAGAGACUUUUCUUUGACUUUUCUGGCCGUUAUAAAACAUUUUUGACGGAUAUAAAGUCCAUGACUUAAAAAUAUAGAAUACAAAGAUUAGUAAUAGCCGGUGAUUACAGCUGGAGGUUCCUGUGAACAGUUUUAGAGGACGAUCUUUUACUAUUGCGGUCUAUGGGAAAAAAGCUUUCUGGGUCCCAUGGGAUUUUUUGUUGCAGUACCGCGGCUGGACACUGGGGGAAAUCGGCGCGCCUUCUGAGUGCCAGACCGGGGGGCUGGUUUGGCCUCUCUUCAAACUCUCUCUUCCUCUUACCGAGCCGAACUGAGCCUCAUGGUGGAGCCGAGCCGAAACAAAGCUCUCCCACACCGGAAAACCCCGGCAGAAACCUGAUCACCCCGGCAGAACCCACAGCCCAGAUCCGGAGACCGGGAGGCGUGAGGUUUAUGUGUCUUUGGCGAUCAGUUUAAUCUAGAGCGGUUCAGAGCUAAAUUUGUGUUUAAUGAAGUUACUGUUCGCAUAUAACUGUGUAACGCCGGCAACUACCGGCAUUAAUAUGGUUUGUUUAUUUUGUGGCGCCAUUUUCCGCCAGUUAUUCACGUUUUAAACGCCGUGUUUUGUCAUCCCGUCUGACUGCAUGUGGCGUGGCCAGGGCGCCGCCAUCUUUAAAUACUACAGGGCGUCACCAUCUUUAAAUGUUUUGGCCGGCCACGUGCAGCCACGUUGUUUUGAAACAUAGAUGAUCGUUUUGUAUCACGUGUUUAUUGUUUUGAUUUCUUUUUCCAUUCAUGCAGUUUCAUUUUUAUUCUUAUAGUUUUUUUGAUAAUUAGUGUUUUAUGUUUUAACGUAGAGCGCCAUCAGGAUUUAUUCAACGGUGCCCCUUUUACCAUCCGCUUGACACUUGGAUGUGAAUAAAUUCUGAUUUUAAUGAGACGUUGUUUGUGAUGUUUUACACAGUUACUGGGCACAAUAGCUGUUUGACAGAGCUAGUGCUGAACUGUAAUGCCUUCAACAGUUAUUCUGUAGUGAUAAUAGUAAAAUAUACUACUCUGCAGAAUAAUAUCUAUUUCUGAGACUGAUUUCUGCUGUAAAAGUUAUCAUUUUUCCUGGAAACCCAGGUGGUGCCCUGAGGAUUAAAUCAUUUUGAUAAUUCAAUUUGAUAAAUAGUCUACUUUAUUAAUUAUUAAUAAUUGUUGAAUAAAAUUAUGAAUAACUCUUGAUAAUUGGAACAGCACCUGCUACUUGUUACACUCGUGAAGAGAAAUAAUGGUUUAACAUCUGCAACUUUUCUCUCCGUGUUUCACUUCAGCCAGUUUGGGAGUUUAUUUUUUAAAGAUUACUUUCAAACUAACUUAUCUGAAAUAAAAAAAGGUUUCUUACAAAACAAA